AUGCUUCAUCGACCGCGUUGUCGUGUUGUGAUAACAUUGGAGGAGGGAACAACAGAGGGAGAGUUCAUUCCUUCAUCCCCUUUCGCUUUCAAAGGUUUCUUCGGUGACACCGCGGUACACAAGCGGUACGCUUUGGUACCACUGAGUAUUGGAGCCAAACAUUAUUUCUGCGACGAGCAAAAUAUAAUUGAUGUGCAAAUUAAAAGUCAAGCAAAAAAGUCAUGUGUUGAGCCAUAUACUUCGACAACAUGUGUGGACCACUAUCGAUGUUGCAGAUCGAAUGGCGAUUGGACAACACUUCUACCUAUGGUGAAAAUGUCUGUGCAAGACGAUGAUACAGUACCCGCUGUGUCAUCAUGA